AUGUCAUCGAAACGAAGCUUGCCCCCUUCUUUAUCAGAGUCGCCGGAUGUUAGCUCCAAAAAACCCAAACUUGGCCCGGCGCAUAAUGACCACCCUGGGCCUGACAGAGCCAUCUCGAUCAUCGCCGAGAAAAUUGGCUCCAUUGUCGCCGCCGAAAUUGGAGACGAAAUUGCUGCCCGGAAAUCUCUUGCCCCGACGCAUCACGCCAACGCAAGAGCUGGUAUCCAAAGGUCCAUAGCCAUGGUCUUGAGACACGACGGGUUUGCUUCCUCCACACCAGAGGCUAUGGAAAGCUUUACUGGCCUGGUGGAAACUUAUCUCGCGUCGUUUAUCCAAGAAUGCAAGAGAUUUGCACUUUCUUCUCGUCGAGAUCACCCGAAUCCGACGGACUUUGAGGCUGCUUUGAGGCGGUUUAAUCUGCCCAUAUCAUCAUUGAAGCCACACCUAAAAAAUCCAAUACACGUCAAUCAACUUGUACCAACCUACGACAAUGUCCACGUCGCAGAGGAGGAUGCCUACACAACCCUUCCACUCCUAGGUCCGGAGCUCAGCGGCCAAGCAGACAAGGACGCGAGAAAAUACAUUCCACCGUCAUUUCCCGACUUUCCAAGCCGCCAUACUUACAAGUUCACGCCUCAGGAGGACACGAGCGUUAGGGAUUCUAAGAAAAUACGAGAGGAAGCCGCAAGGACCGCACAACAGGGCGAAGAUGCACUCAGACGCUUGGUCCGAGCCUCCAAGAUGCGAAAACAAAAAGAGGCCAAAUCCCUGGUUGAAAUAGAUGAUCAAGGCAAAGAACGCUUUCGCUUAUGGGAGUCUACCAUGAGACGCUUCACGGGAGCUGAUCCUCGCAUCGAAAACACCAAUCAAGCCGAAAUUGCCGAUCACAGCAUGAUUGUGAAUGGCGAUGCUAUGUUUGCUCGAAAAGAAGUCUCACGUCUCGGCAAACGAUCGGCGCCACUACCUCACUCCACCGUUAAAUAA